AAUGGCUUGACUUUUCUUUUCAAGUGGAAGCUUGCCUGACCGAGUCUUUAUUUGGAGUUUACUGGUGUUUGUGUUGUCUUUUUCAGCACAUGUUUUGUUUUGUGUGUCUCCUCCUAGAUAGAAGAUGAGUGAGGACGCAUUUGAGGUCCCAGAAAGGACAGAGUACCGUUACCUGGUACAGGAGGAGGAGGAAGAGGAGGUGCAGUAUGUUCGACACAGACAUUACAUCAGCCCCUUCCUGGUGCUCUCCAGGCGCUGCAUUUUGCUCAUCUGCCUUGGGGUGCUCGCUCUCCUUGUUUUGGCCACUUACCUGGGGUAUGUAGCCCAGACACUCCCACCCGGCCUUGUCCAAGUGACCACUGACUGUGGCGAAUACAGAGGAAGACAUAAAAAUGGGGCCUACUCCUUUAAGGGCAUGCCAUAUGCUGCUCCGCCAGUUGGUAACCUGCGUUGGGCACCUCCUGCCGACCCAGUGUGUAGGGAGGGGGUUACCGAUGCUAGCCACUUUCGCAGCAUGUGUCCUCAAGUGCGACCGUUGUCAAGUACAGGCAAGCUGAUGGGCCAAGAGGACUGCCUCUUUGUCAACGUGUGGACACCAACACUCAAGACGAACUCAAAGCUUCCCGUCAUGGUCUGGAUCCAUGGAGGCUACCUACACAUGUUCAGUGGUGGAGAGCAAGGCUACUCACCCACAGAGAAGCUUGCCGCAGAAACUGGGAUGGUGUACAUCAGCUUCAACUACAGACUAAAUGCAUUUGGCUUCAUGGCUCUGGAGAUACUAAGGGAAGGCUCUCUCAAAAACACUUCAGGGAAUUAUGGCUUCAUGGAUCAGAUUGCUGCAUUAAAAUGGGUACAAAGAAACAUCCACAUUUUUGGAGGAGAUCCUGGAAAAGUUACCAUCUUUGGGCAGAGUUCAGGUGGAACCUCUGUAUGGACCUUGAUGAUGUCACCUCUUGCAAAGGAUCUCUUCCAUGGGGCAGUGGAUAUGAGUGGCUCAUAUGUAUAUAAUGCCACGCUGGAACAGGCUGAGUCGGGCAAUCUGGUCUUUCUGAAAAACACAGGCUGCAAGGACCUUUCAUGCCUUAGAAGUCUCUCGAUUAAACAGAUAUUACAGGCUGUCCCAUGGCAGCAAUACCCCUCUUGGGGUGCCGAUGAGCUGACUGACCUUCCAACCAGAGGGCACUUCUGUGGCCCUGUUGCAGUGGUGGACGGGUAUGUCCUUGAAGCGGCACCCUUUGAGAUAUGGGAAAAGAAAGGAGCCUACAAUGAUGUUGCCUUUGUCAUUGGGACAACUGAGCAAGAAGUGGACUUCAGUCCGCCAGCAGAAAACAUCUCCAUGUGGACAUGGGGCGACUACACGUGGUUUGUGACAGAGAAACUGAAGUCUUUUAGUGAGAAUCUUCCAAAAGCGGCAUUGGCGCUUUAUCCCUCCUCUGACCCCUGCCCCACCACAGACCGCUGUCCAGAGAGAGCAUACACGACCAUGGUUUCUGACAUCAGAGUGACAUGCCCCAACAAUGAUCUAGCCCAGAGGGCUGCAGCUGCCCUUCAGAGUCCUGUGUAUCGCUAUGUGGUUACACACACACCUUCUGGAGCCGUCAACACGACAAGUUCUCUGAUGCCGUUUCACAGCCGCUUCUCUUUCCACUGCUUGGAUAUCAUGGCUUUCUUUGGGGGACUGGAGUUACUUUUGGAGGGACCACUCUCUGAUCAGGACAAGAGUUUCCAGGAUCUCCUAACACAACAUCUUGUGUACUUUGCCAAAACAGGUAAGAUGGUGGAGGAGUGGUCACCUUACCCAUCAUCCAUUGCCCUCCUGUCCAGCAAGCUUUUGGUUGUCAACAAAUACUCAUCUGCUCGCUGCCAGUUGUGGAAAGAGAACGGCCUACAUGCCUAUGCAUGGAUAAACUGAUCAUACGUUAGCAUUCAUUUGACCAAAGACUUUUGAAAAGCCGUUCAGCUGUCAUUUGCUUGGCCACGGGUUUAAAAACUUGCUGUGAAGGGAAUACACUGUAUUCUUUUUGAUUUACACUUAAGAUAUGUCACUAUAUAUUUUUUUGUUAACAGCAACCAGUCAGUGGUGAGUGGGCAUCUAUCCAUUCUCUCCAUGGUGUUGGGGCCGAUCCCAGCUUACUUCAUGUGAAGGGCGAAGUAGACCCUGAGCUGGUUGUCGCAGGGCACAUAUAGACAGACAACCAUUCAGAUGUGUUGAAUGUCUUACACUUUGAAACAGGUUGCUAAAACAACAAGAAAACAUCAAAUUUAGGAUUAACCCAACGUUUUCAGCCCCAGACCCAAAUUGGAAAAUGUCUUUUGUCAAUGUGGUUGUCAUGUCUGCCUCUGGGAUCAGAUAUCGACUCCGGCCUUUCUGUGGCUUUUCAGUGGAACUCUGGCAUCCUCCCACAUUCAAUAAACUUACCUGCUAAGUUAAUUGAAGGCUCUAAAUUGCCGUUAAGUUUGAAUGUGAGUGUAAAUUGUUGCUUGUCUAUGUGUAUCCUGUGAUUGACUUGACAAAUCAAGGGUAUACCCAGUCUAUUACCCAAGAGUCAGCUGGGUUGGGCUUCAGUUUUUCAUGCCUCUAAGUAGGAUAAAUUGUAUAGAAAAUGGGUGGAUGGAUGGUCCCUAAAAUGUAAAAAAAAAAAUUUUUUUAUAUUGCUCAGACCAUGUCUAAGUCCAGACACCAGGACCAGCUCAUUUUGUAUUUAAUAAGGGUAUUGUCUGUUGCUACACCAUGGCCAGAGCCGUGACAAUCUUCCACUCAUGCAUGGAUUGCUGCAUCGUCCUCUUACGCACAGUAUCCAUGUAUCCAUGCGAGAAUGUCAGGGGAAUAAGAGGGCUGUAGACAAACCCACAGCGGUGCAGCCCACCCACUCCCAGAUCCACCGGGGUGCGCUGGUCUGCAAAAAGGACCAACACUGGUCUAACCCGCCGCUGGCACACAGUUGUGCCGCCCGCCAUUCCGGAUUUAUGCCAGUCAUGAAAAUAGGUUUAUUAAGCUGCGAUUGGCUGGCGACCGGUUCAGGGUGUACCCCGUUCAGGGUGUACCCCGUCUCCCGCCCGAAGAUAGCUGGGAUAGGCUCCAGCAGCCCACGACUCUAGUGAGGAUAAGCGGUCAAGAAAAUGGAUGUUUGUUAUUUCAUGAAGACAAAGUUGAAAUGUCUGUCUCUUACAGGUAAGAUGGUGGAUGAGUGGUCAUCUUACCCAUCAGCCUCCAUAAAUUCAGAGCUAACCCAGCAUACUUCAAGCGAAAAGCCAGCUGAGUUAGUCUCCGUUUUUCAUGGCUCUAAGCAGGAUAAUUUAAUAGAAAAUGAGUGAAUGGAUGGUCUCUAAAAUGUAAAAAAAUAAUAUUUCUUUCCAUACAUUGACUUUCCUGCAAUAUCUUGACACAUAGCAUUUUAUUUUGGGUUCCCACCUUAGUUUGAGAUCGGCAGACAGGCAGGUAGUUGUAUACCACUAGUAUUUUUCCUUCCCCCUCAUAACGUACUUUAAAGUAGCGGUCCCUGCCUUUUUUUUUUGCACCAGAGACCGGUUUCAUGUAAAGACCUAUUUUGACGGAACGGCAUAGAAAACAAAUACUGUCAUUAAAUAUGCACGAUCGCGCGGAAUGUCGUAUUUAGUGGGAAUCCUGCGCUUGUUUCUUUUCAAUGAGCUGGUCCCAUCUUGGGAUAACCUUUUUUUCUCUCUCAGUAAACUUCCACAGGGGUUGUCAUUUAAUGCCAGGUGCUUGGGCUCCAUGUGCCGAGGCAGUUUCGAUGGCUUCAUUGCCUCAAGUUACAUAGAGCAGGUUUGGUGCAAAAGUCAACUGGGUCAACUAGUAAUAAACCCGUACCUGCCAAUUUUGUCUCCUAAUUCCAGCAUUUGUUCCCAUUGGAAGUUGUUGGCUUUUCUUCUCUCAUUAUUUGGCCUGUUUCCCUUUUCGAAUAAGUUUUUCAAAAUCCAUCCAUCCAUUUUCUGUAUCAUCUCUAGGGUCGCGGGCGUACUGGAGCCUAUCCCAGCUAUCUUUGGACGAGAGGCGGGGUACGCCCUGAACUGGUCGCCAGCCGAUCACAGGGUACACACAAAACAAUUUUUUUAAAAGUAUUUUUGCUAUCAUAUCACGUGACCGAGAUGAGCGAUUUGAUGGAGGCACAGGCAGAGUUUCAAAUUAUAAUUGUGCAUCCUGGUAGUAGGAGACUCCUGGCUUAAUAUUCAAAGACGGCCAAAGAGGGGGUCUCGCAGAUCACAGAGAUCAUGUAAAUUCCACACCGGAAUGGCAACAUAGAGUUGAGCGGAGAACCUUCUUAUUGAAAUGCACUAAAUUCAACUGAUAAUCAAUCAAUUUUCUAUGCUGCUUAUCCUCUUCAGCGUUGCGGCAAGCUUGAGUUUAUCCCAGCUGACUUUGGGCAAAAGGUUGACUACACUCUGAAGUGGUUGCCAGUCAGUAGUUGGCCAUAAAAAACACAACUAUUCACUCUCAGAAUCAUCUUUAUUUGCCAAGUAUGUCAAAAACACAAAAUGAAUUUUUCGUUGGUAGUUGGAGCCGCUCUAGUAUGACAAAAGACACCCAUUUGACAGAAAAUACUUUUGAGACAUAAAAACACUGAGCAAUGAAAGGUUACCGGUAACAUUUAAACCGUCAAUGAGUGGGAACUGAACCCAUACUACCUGCGUUGAAUUCAGGCAAAUGGGACACUACACCAUCAGUGACUCAACUGAGAAUAUGUGGUGUAACUAAUUCCUGAAGGGAAUUUGUCACUUGAGGUUGGGUUUAUGAUUGUGGAUUUUUAUUUAAAAAUUUUUUUUUUAGUUGUAUAUAAAAAUUGGAUCGACAAUGUUUUUUUUUUGUUACAAUAUUGCCCUCAUUAACAAAUGUCUAUGUAACAAGAACAAGACCACUGAGACGCUUUAAACUUGUUUUUUCCACAUGCUUGCAUUUUUUUUUCUUUUUUUCUUUUUGUUUUAGAUUUUCUGUGAUGUGUUGUUUUGUAUACGUGAUAUGUUUUCACAGAUUGCGUGAUUUGCUGAUAGAGCAUGGGGGAUUUUGAGUGGCACUAACCAUGUAUCCUCUUAUAUAACCAGUCUGUAUUGACGAGAAGUGAGAAAUUUUAACGUUUGAUGCUUAAAUCUAAUUGUUUCUGAGUUUAAAAUUACUGCAUCAAAUGAAGGAUUUGUGCUGACGGGGAAAUUAUAAGGUUACGGCAGGUUUAAGGCAUAAGGCAGGUUUCAUUUUAUUUUUCCAUUUUAAAUGAGAUAUGCAUUUUUUUCAUAAUUGAAAACGGAUUCCAGGUUGAAAACAGAUCCCAGGGGUCGUCACUGUUUUUGUUUUUGUUUUUUUUGAGGCAAUGACCCUCCUCAUACAUUAAAUAAAAAUCAACCACACCCGACAUGAGCACUUGGCAAUGGAGGCAAGCAAAAGCUCCCUCUCAGGAAAUUAAGCCAGGUCUUUUUUUUUUGUGUGUGUUUGCAUUUGAUUGUGUAUUUUCACUGGUGACAUCAGCCCUUCAUCACCAAGCUCAGAUGUUAUAUGGCAGAUGCUGUAGACUAAUUUUUUGAGGAGGUAUUCUCAAUCGUGUAGUCAGGACUUUUUCAUCAAGCUCUGAUGUAUCCGGCACAUGGUGCAGACACAUUGUCAGACACUACCGAGACCCAAUUACAUUAGCAUAUAAGAAACGAAAAAGUACAAUUUCCAAAAUAUUUCCCCUUUAAAGGAAUGAUUGACCCACGAGAUAACACACAAAGCUGUUUGCACUAAUUCCUAACUUUGUUUCUUGUGUAUCAUUCUUUGCACUUUCCUGUCAAUAGAUGCCAUUGUACAUGUAUUGGAUUCUAUUUGCAUAAACAAGUGAGUGAAGUGUGCUAUGAAGCUGUUAUUACCAAAUAAAACAA